AUGGCAGGCGCUGGGCAGCGCAAAGGGAAAAAAGAUGACAACGGCAUCGGCACAGCGAUCGACUUCGUGCUGUCCAACGCCCGGCUUGUGCUGGGCGUGGGUGGAGCAGCUAUGCUGGGCAUCGCCACGCUGGCCGUCAAACGGAUGUACGACCGGGCAAUCAGUGCUCCCAGCAGCCCCACUCGCUUGAGCCAGUCAGGAAAGAGAAGCUGGGAAGAGCCAAACUGGCUGGGCUCCUCCUCACGCUUACUGACCCAGGACAUGAAGACUAACCUCAGCCGCUCCCUGCAGACCCUUCCCACUGAUCCUUCGGCUGCAGACACAGACUUUUUCCGACCCACAAAGCCCAAGCCAUCUGCCAAGAGGAGUCAAGUGGAGCUGAAAAAAUCGCGCCUUCGUCUGUCUCUGCAAGAAAAGCUCUUCGCUUAUUAUCGCAGGAAGGUAGCUAUCCCGGCGGAUGAGCAGGCCCGGGCCAAGCAAGCAGCUGUGGAUAUCUGUGCUGAGCUGCGCAGCUUCCUACGUGCCAAGCUGCCGGACAUGCCCCUGCGUGACAUGUACCUCAGCGGCAGCCUGUAUGAUGAUCUGCAGGUAGUGACAGCUGACCACAUCCAGCUCAUUGUGCCUCUGAUGCUGGAGCAGAACCUGUGGUCGUGCAUCCCUGGAGAGGACACUAUCAUGAACAUUCCUGGCUUCUACUUGGUGCGUCGGGAAAACCCAGAGUACUUUCCCCGUGGGAGCAGCUACUGGGACCGCUGUGUGGUGGGUGGUUACCUUUCCCCCAAAGCUGUAGCAGACACCUUUGAGAAAGUUGUAGCUGGCUCCAUCAACUGGCCAGCAAUUGGGACUCUCUUGGAUUACGUGAUCCGUCCAGCAGCUCCCCCAGCAGAUUUGACGCUGGAAGUCCAGUAUGAUCCAGAACGGCAUCUUUUUAUUGACUUCCUACCAUCCCUGACACUGGGUGACAUCAUCCUUGUGGCCAAACCCCAUCGAUUGGCCCAGAAUGACAAUUUGUGGCGACUGAGCCUGCGGCCGGCAGAAACAGCUCGCCUCCGGGCCCUGGACCAGUGUGAUUCUGGCUGCCGUUGCUUGUGCCUGAAGAUCUUCAAAGCGGUAUGCAAGUCAAACCCAGCCCUGGGCCACCUCACUGCCAGCCAGCUCACCAAUGUCAUCCUGCACUUAUCCCAGGAGGAGUCCGACUGGUCCCAGGACAUGCUGGCUGAUCGCUUCUUGCAGGCGCUGAAGGGGUUGAUCCGCUACUUGGAGGCAGGUGUCCUCCCUAGUGCUCUGAACCCCAAGGUGAACUUGUUUUCAGAGCUCACCCCCGAAGAAGUGGAUGAGUUGGGCUAUACCCUCUACAGCUCUCUGUCAGAGCCAGAGGUCUUGCUGCAGACGUAAUGGGGCCUUACCUAGGGAAGUGUUGAUAGGGUUUAGCCAAGGUGGACUUCGAUGACUGCGAAAUAUGACUCCUCCACUUCUCUCUCUCUGUCUCCUUUUGGUUCAUUAUUAUUUCCUGCUGUGGAGUUGGUGCUCCCACUGAAUUUCUUGGUGCUACCGGUCCAUUUCCACCAUCUCUGCCCCAACAGGUACCCAUUGGCUAGGGAAAAGAGGCUAAAACUGCAGCUCUAAGAUCUUCACAUAAAUUCUGCUGAUGUUUAAGUGUCUACCAAAAAAAAAUAAACCAAACUAUGCACUUCUUUCUCCUGUAGUACACUUAGUGCAGUGAGUCCAUUUUGGUCUGAAGAAGGUGGAACUGGGCUGGUAAAUCCAGUGACGAUUUUAGCAGACUCGCAUUGAGAUCUUUUCCUUUCCUUUCCUUUCCUCCAGUCUGACUUUGCCCUGUUUCUUUUUCUCUGCUGUACCACACUGUCUCACUUUCCUCUUUCUUUUUUUCUUUUUUUUUUUUUUUCUUAUUGGUCCCUUUGACUCAGUCAUGCAGAGCAGACUGAGUGAGAUGUUUUGGAUAGGGUUGGUUUUUUGUAUUUCUGAGUGGAUAAUACACUGGCAGUAUUUAGGGCUGUAGAGCUUGGAAUAGGAGAACACCCAUGCCCAUGGCUCUUGCUCCUACGGAGCCUUCUCAUCCUUUGCGAGCUGGGUUCAGGAGUAAUGGGCUGAGGCUUGUCCAGUCUGCUGCGACGCAACCUCCAGUAUGGGCAGUUCUCACUGAAGCUGUCGUAGGGGAGGAAAAAACCUUUGUGGUCUGGCUAUGUGAUGAGGCCGAAGGAGCAGGGCUUGCCAUUCCUGCCUAGCCAGAUCUGCUGGGUGUUGCUGGUGGGAAUGGCCGCCCUGGGAAUGGAGAACAGGGCGGCUCCUUAGAUGUCUCUGGCCUAGAGGAAGAGAGGCUGAUUAUGGAGGAGGGGUGGGAGACACAUAUGGGAACAGGGAUUAUUUUUUUUCAUCUUUUCCCCAAGAGCUUAUGGCUGUUCUGGUUUAUAGGAGGUGGAAGCGAGACUGCAUGCCUCAAAGGGCUUUGUAAUAAGCACACGUAAGCCAGAUUCUCACCAGCUACAAGUCUGUGAAGGUGAUAGGACUGAACUGGUGUCAUCGGCAAGGUUCUGUCCCAUACACUGAUAACAGGGUACAUAUGCAGAGCUGGCGGUUAGAGGUAUGUUGGCUUUGCCAUCUGCUCUCAGUGUGUGUUUUAGUCCCCUCCCCAGCCACCUCAGAGCUGAGGCUGUCUGUCCCCUUCCUCAUUCCCACACGCUGACUUUCCAGUGCUCCCAGUUUACAAUUACUCUUAGAAAGCUGGUGAGGGCACACCUUCCCCAUUCUGUCUGUUUGGACCUGUUGGUAACGCAGUUCUGCCUGCUCCUGUUUAUGGCUGCUGUCAGGCCGUUCUCCCUUGGCUGCCCUCCCAUCUGCUGCUGGACUGCGGUACGGAUUUUGGGGGGCAGCUGCUGCACUCUUGGUAUCUCCUAAACAAGCCACAUAGACUCUGUAUACUCUGCAUUAAGCCUCUUAUCUUCAAAAAGGGGGAGGGAGGGUGUUCUCCCAAGUCUGGGGCUGUGUCUCUCUCAAAAGACCAGCACAGCUAUCAUUACAGAAACAUACUUGCCUUUUCCCAGCUUUGGCACCUAUUCUUCCCUUGCUGUCCAGCCUCCCUAGCCAAAGGAGAGGGGUACUGCAGCAGCAGAGUUUGGAGGGAGCAGGAAUCCUUUUCUCCUCCCUUCCUCUCAGGACUUCCCCCCACCUUUGACAGAGAAGUUUCAAGGUGAGUUUCAGGAGAGGAACCACGGAGGGGAGUCUUUAGCCCUUGUUUUCUUUUUGGAGGCAGUGCUGGUGAGAUGAGGGAGGGAGCAUCUUUCUCGGACAAUCCGUCCAUUUUAGCCAAUGUGUCAGAUAGUAUUCCGUAUACAGUGAUAAUGCAACAUUACAUUUUAAAUUAUUUAAUCCGUAGGGUACUGGUAUUUUCUAGACUGCCAGCUGCGUACUUUGAAGUUUGUGUGUGUAUAUAAAGUCUGUAGUCUAUAAAAGGUUAACAGAAAUUCUGUUUGUAUGAUUUUGUGUUUUGUAAGUUUUGCAGCAGUCAGUGUUGGUCAUAUGUUGAUUGCUCUUCAGUCUGGUUCCCAGAUUUUUUCCCUUCUUCCUUUCCCUGCCCUCCACUGCCUUUCUGAUGUCAGCCUUCCUACCCUAAAAGCAGACAGAUGAGACUUGGAGCCUAUGGGCUAUUGGGGGAAAUUCCCCUUUCUUUUAAUUACUUGAAGGUCAACAAAAAUAUUAAAAUAUCUGGGUUGUCAGGAGUUCCCCGUAAGUUCAUUUCUUCAGUGUGAUCUCACCCCUCACUUGGUGCUGACUCGAAUACCAUGGUCUUCACACAGAAUUGAGCAGCGACAUGGUUUGGAAUGAUCAAAACUAUAGAUACAAAAAAGGUGAGACAUAAACAGGAGGAAACCAUUGUCUGAGAUGGCUUGAGAACAGUUGCCACAUACAUAUCUGUAUAGAGAAUUUCUUACAUGAAUGCUUUUACUUCUUCCUGGCAACCUAAUGAAUUAAUAUUUUAUGGCCAUUUCUUGCUGCUAUUGAGCUCAAUUUGUGUAUCAAAUGGAGACUGAAGCUGCCUUUUUGCCUUUUCUGUAGACUUUGCUCCACUUCACUUGAAUCACUUCCAUCAUUUCUUCCCUUCAGUUUUGCGCUCCUCUGAGCUAGCCACAAGCCUGUUCUCGGGAGGCAAAUGCUCACUUCCUACAGGCAGCCACCACAGCGGGCAAUAGCUGCCCUGGCAGUGGCAGUCUCAGCAAAGGCCAAAGAUGUAACGGGUCACAGGGACACUGCAACUAGGAGUAUUUCAAGAGCAGGGGCAGGCAUAAGGGGCCACAGAGGCAGGGAAGAAGGAGUAGGGUAAGUAUGCAGGAAACUUACGCUAAUGCUGUACCCAGCCUGUGGGUCAAACAGACUGUUGCAGAGUCUUUCGAACUGGCACCUUUCAGUAUUAAAUGCAGUACACGUGUUGACGUACAGCCCGGCGGGCUGUCUUACCUAUAGGUAGGCUCCUUCCUAGUCAAAGCUGUAGCACAGAGCAGGAGGACCUAAAGCUGAAUGUGAAAAGGGCAGCUCCUGGCCACCUUCCUGGCAGAGCGGCUCAGAGACAAAUUGAUUGUAAGAGGCCCAGAGCGUGCAUUUGGUUGGUUGCUGCCUGGGCUCCAAGAAUGCCUCGGUGUGUUCUGCUGUAGCUUAGCUCACGCGAGCUUCCCACGAGAUUGUCGUCUUGUUCCUUGUAACCACGGGGUCAGGACCAACUUGCUCAGCUGUGGGGUUUCACUGCUGCUGAGCUCCACUGCUAAUCCUUCAAGUCAGAUGGAUUUCUUUUCGAUGGAUUUCUUUUCCUGUGUUUAAGAGCAAUUAUGGAAACAAGAGGCUGCUUUCUGCCUCCUGGUGGGCUGCCAUCGGGGCACUCACUCUUAGCAUGUGGGUACUCGCAGUGAGAAGUGAAGGGAUGAUGCCCCAUCUCUCGCAGGCCUGGAGGCUGUGGAUUUGCAAAGGGGAAAGUCUAAGUGCAUGGUCUGUGACAGAGUGCGUGAAAUUCUGAAAUAAAAUUACUUUCCACAGUAA